CUGCAGCCACCACCGACGCUGCGCCUCGGUUCGCGGGUUCGCCUCCCAGGUCCAUUGGAUUUAAGUUGUGAAUUCUCCCUGGAUACCAGUAAAUGUGGAAAUGCCGAUUUGGAGAUAAGAAGACUGCAGCCAAAAGAAGGACCAUGGCUUUGGAAGGUGGAGUCCAGGCUGAGGAGCCUCUCUGGAGGUAGGAAGCCGGGUCAGGCAGCCAUGGAGUGGAACAAUGGCACAAGCCAGGCUGCGGGCUCACCGCCCACCACCUGCGUCUACCAAGAGAACUUCAAGCGACUCCUGCUGCCACCUGUGUACUCGGUGGUGCUGGCAGCUGGCCUGCCGCUGAAUGCCUGUGUCAUUGCCCAGAUUUUCACGUCCCACCGGGCCCUGACCCGCACAGCCGUGUACACUUUGAACCUGGCCCUGGCUGACCUGCUGUACGCCUGCUCUCUGCCCCUGCUCAUCUACAACUAUGCCCAAGGUGACCACUGGCCCUUCGGCGACCUUGCCUGCCGCCUAGUCCGUUUCCUCUUCUACGCCAACCUGCACGGCAGCAUCUUCUUCCUCACGUGUAUCAGCUUCCAGCGCUACCUGGGCAUCUGCUACCCUCUGGCCCUCUGGCACAAGCGUGGGGGCCGCCGGGCUGCCUGGAUAGUGUGUGGGGCCGUGUGGCUGGCCGUGACGACCCAGUGCUUGCCCACAGCCUUCUUUGCUGCCACAGGCAUCCAACGGAACCGGACCGUCUGCUACGACCUGAGCCCGCCCGCCCUGGCCAGCCACUACAUGCCCUACGGCAUGGCCCUCACCGUCAUCGGCUUCCUGCUGCCCUUUGCCUCCCUGCUGGCCUGCUACUGCCGCCUGGCCCGCCGUCUGUGCCGCCAGGACGGCCCAGCAGAGCCUGUGGCCCGGGAGCGGCGUGGCAAGGCGGCCCGCAUGGCUGUGGUGGUGGCAGCCACCUUUGCCAUCAGCUUCCUGCCUUUCCACGUCACCAAGACAGCCUACCUGGUGGUGCGCUCUACGCCUGGCGUCCCCUGCCCCGUGCUGGAGGCCUUUGCAGCCGCCUACAAAGGCACGCGGCCCUUCGCCAGUGCCAACAGUGUGCUGGAUCCCAUCCUCUUCUACUUCACCCAGAAGAAGUUCCGCCGGAGGCCGCAUGAGCUGCUACAGAAACUCACAGCCAAGUGGCAGCGGCAGGGUCGCUGAGUCCACUAGGGCAGGACGCCUGGGACCUGGGCAGCCAUCGUGUUUGCCAUUGUGGCCGGGGUACCAGAAGCCCCAUCAACCCCAAACUAUGCAGAGAAUUAGAGCUUAGCUCAGCUGGGAAUGGAGUGAGGUCCCCCACAGACCCCAAAAUCUCACCAACAAUUAUUUAUUGAGCCCUUUCUCUGGACCAGGCCCUGUGGGCACAGAGACAGACAGGCCUGGGCCUAGCUCUCCAGAAGGUCCCAGUCAACCAUGGAGAGUUGGGGAAGCCAUGUCAAGUUGCUCACAAAAAUAUAGUGUGACAUGUACUGUCAUGGAGGAGUAUGCUGCACGCAUUGGAGUCACCAAUGAAGGGAGUGAGGGAAGAUGAGAGGGGGCAGUGAGAGCUUCUG